GACCCGGAAUAACCACUUGAAUUACAAUGCCCUCACAUUACAUUACAUUACGCAAUCUUUUUUCUUCCUACAAAUUUGUUCAUCUUUCCAUUCUUUCUUUCUUGGGAUAUUAGAUUGGAUUGAGUCACAUAAACUCGAGACGUCAAUGCCUUAUUCCCAUGUUCCAGCAGUAUGCAGCCAGUUAUGAUUGAUUAAUGAAUGUUGGUUUAUCUUCAUCGUCAGAGAGAGAGAGAGAGAGAGGUCUGUGACUUAUGAACAAGUCGAUUGAGAAUAAAAAUGCAUGGGACAAAAAAGUCUUUGCAUCGUAAGAAUAUAUAUAGAAUGACUCAAAGUAAAUAGAAAAUAUUAGUAUUAAAAUACUUAUCUGUACAUGUAUCUAACUCAUCGUUUAUAUGAAUAAGUUGUUGACAUUUGCUUUUUGACCAUGGAUGGAAAUUGAUAAAGCAAAACACAUGUAAGCCACCAGACAAGAUCACUGAUGAUGAGAAGAAAGACGAAGAUCAGGAAAAAUGUUCCCUCCACUUUGUAAAUGUCACGUACUCGUAAAUCGUCAUUCCAUCAAGUAUUUUAGUUAAGCCAAAUGGUCCAAGCAUUGGGAGGGAUGGAUAUUAAAGUGAUAGAAAAUUUGAGAAAGUCUCUCUGUAUAAAAUUGGAAAGACGAGAUGCAUCCCAGAAUAGCCCAGUCCGAGACUCACUGAUCAGCGUCGAUAAAGCAAAAUAGAUACAUACAUAAUUUUCUGCCUGGAAUAUAGCAAAACUAAUAAAUCAAAUUAGCGACGAUGUCGUCCGAAAGUUUUUACAAGAUUCUUGUUAUAAUCGUUACGAUUUGGAAUUCCGGCGUGGUUGGGGAGCAGUACAAUUGUGUCGCUAAAGAUUUCAUUAGGCUCGGAAAUAGCUGUUACUAUUUCAGCACAGAAAUAGUAUCCUGGCAAGAAGCACAUUUCAGAUGUCGAGAUCGAGAUGCCCAGCUUGCAGUUUUAGGAACGCAGCAUGAAGACUCCACGUUAAGAAAUUACUUGGAACAACCAGAAUUUGCACAACUAGGCCGUUGGAUUGGUGGAUUUUGGGUGGGGGGAUCUGAUCGAAAAUGGAUUUGGGCAGCUCAAGGGAAUGACAUUGAAUACUUGCGAGGAUUUGCGACCACAAGCGUUCUCGAUCUUCAAACGGAACAGUGGAUGUGUCUCUACAUGAACCCACAGAGCAGAUAUCGAUGGUCAAACGAAAAUUGUAUUCGUCAAUUACACUACAUUUGCGAAGCACCCUUAGUUAGAAAAAAGGAGGUUAGUGAUGAAGUGGAGAUGACCACUACUCCAAUAACGACAACCACACAGGAACCAUAUGGGGCCGUAGAAGAUCUUUAUGAAGACGAUAACGACGACGGCGACGACGACGACGAUAAUGACGAUUCAGAAUCAUCUGCAGACACUUGAACUUUGUGUAAAUUCAAUGCACCAGUAAGCAACUAAUGCAGCUCCUUAUUUUAAACCAACAUUUAAAUGAAUUUACAAUGAAUUAAUGACAAUUUCAAUUAUUAUAACAGUUUAAAACAUUUGUAACCCUUUAUAUAUUUUUUGUUGUAAAAUUGAAUACAAAAAUUUGUUGUCUUAAGUAA